GGAGCAGCCGUUACCAGACGCAGACAAAGACACAUCUCCCACCGACAGGAUGAAGAUACUGAUUGUUCUCAGUGUCCUGCUCACUCUCUCCAGCGCCAAAGUCCUUUCGCGAUGUGAACUUGCUCGCAUUGUAAAGAAUUCCAUACUGGUUGACUUCACCGAGUACAAAGUUGCCGACUGGGUGUGCUUGGCCUACUAUGCAAGUGGGUACAGUACAUUGGCAGUACAAUAUGAGAGAGACUGUAAGGGAAAGAUCUGGUCAGGAGACUAUGGGAUCUUUCAGAUCAGCAGCAAACAGUGGUGCGCAGAUGCCAUGUUUCCGAAUGGUACAAAUGAAUGCCACAUGAACUGCAACUUAUUCCUGAACGAAAAUACUAAUCUACAAACUGACAUCGAUUGUGCAGCAGUGAUCGUGAAUCAACAAGGAAUGCAGGCCUGGCCUUCCUGGGUUGACCACUGUAAGGGGAGAUGGAUUGAUUAUUACACAUUCUUUUGCUUUUGGUAAAGAUGGAGGAAAUCGUGCUGAUCAAACCCUCCCACUCUGGCAUUUCAGACCAUGGGACACUUUCACUAUCUCGUUCUGCAUUGUUAAAACAGCUGGGAAGCCCAAACAGGAAUUGGUUCUGUCACAUCUCACUGAAAUAAACUAAU